CGCGCGCCGGGUACGCGCGCCGGCGACCAUGGCGUUCGCCGGGCUGGAGCGAGUACAUUAACCCCUGGAGGCGGCGGCGGCGGCGGCGGCGAGGGAGCGAGCCUCGAGCGGGCGGGCCCCAGCCUGAGGGAAGGGAGGAAGGGGCGGGGAGAGCGCCAGAGGGAGGCCGGUCGGCCACGGGCGGGCGGGCAGCGCAGCGCCGAGCGGGGCCCGCGGGCCCAUGAGGAGGCCCGGGGACCAUGGGCUCCAGGAUCAAGCAGAAUCCAGAGACCACAUUUGAAGUAUAUGUUGAAGUGGCCUAUCCCAGGACAGGUGGCACUCUUUCAGAUCCUGAGGUGCAGAGGCAAUUCCCGGAGGACUACAGUGACCAGGAAGUUCUACAGACUUUGACCAAGUUUUGUUUCCCCUUCUAUGUUGACAGCCUCACAGUUAGCCAAGUUGGCCAGAACUUCACAUUCGUGCUCACUGACAUUGACAGCAAACAGAGAUUCGGGUUCUGCCGCUUAUCUUCAGGAGCGAAGAGCUGCUUCUGUAUCUUAAGCUAUCUCCCCUGGUUCGAGGUAUUUUAUAAGCUACUUAACAUCCUGGCAGAUUACACGACAAAAAGACAGGAAAAUCAGUGGAAUGAGCUCCUUGAAACUCUGCACAAACUUCCCAUCCCUGACCCAGGAGUGUCUGUUCAUCUCAGUGUGCAUUCUUAUUUUACUGUGCCUGAUACCAGAGAACUUCCCAGCAUACCUGAGAAUAGAAAUCUGACAGAAUAUUUUGUGGCUGUGGAUGUCAACAACAUGUUGCAUCUGUACGCCAGUAUGCUCUACGAACGCCGGAUACUCAUCAUUUGCAGCAAACUCAGCACUCUGACUGCCUGCAUCCACGGGUCGGCGGCGAUGCUCUACCCCAUGUACUGGCAGCACGUGUACAUCCCCGUGUUGCCACCUCAUCUGCUGGACUACUGCUGUGCUCCCAUGCCCUACCUCAUAGGAAUCCAUUUAAGUUUAAUGGAGAAAGUCAGAAACAUGGCCCUGGAUGAUGUCGUGAUCCUGAAUGUGGACACCAACACCCUGGAAACCCCCUUUGAUGACCUCCAGAGUCUCCCAAAUGACGUGAUCUCUUCACUGAAGAACAGGCUGAAGAAGGUCUCCACAACCACUGGGGAUGGUGUGGCCAGAGCGUUCCUCAAGGCCCAGGCCGCUUUCUUCGGUAGCUACCGAAAUGCUCUGAAAAUCGAGCCGGAGGAGCCGAUCACUUUCUGUGAGGAAGCCUUCGUGUCCCACUACCGCUCUGGAGCCAUGAGGCAGUUCCUGCAAAACGCCACGCAGCUGCAGCUCUUCAAGCAGUUUAUUGAUGGUCGAUUAGACCUUCUCAAUUCCGGCGAAGGUUUCAGUGAUGUUUUUGAAGAGGAAAUCAACAUGGGCGAGUACGCUGGCAGUGACAAACUAUACCAUCAGUGGCUCUCCACUGUCCGGAAAGGAAGUGGAGCAAUUCUCAAUACUGUAAAGACAAAAGCAAACCCAGCCAUGAAGACUGUCUACAAGUUUGCAAAAGAUCAUGCAAAAAUGGGAAUAAAAGAGGUGAAAAACCGCUUGAAGCAAAAGGAUAUUGCCGAGAAUGGCUGCGCCCCGACUCCCGAAGAGCAGCUGCCGAAGACUGCACCUUCCCCACUGGUGGAGGCCAAGGACCCCAAGCUCCGAGAAGACCGGCGGCCAAUCACAGUCCACUUUGGACAGCUGCAGAGACUCCGUCCCACCCGACUGCCUCCCAAGAUACAGCGCUCGAGGCCCGUGCGCCCACCUCGUCCACAUGUCGUUAAGAGACCAAAGAGCAACAUCACAGUGGAAGGCCGGAGGACGUCUGUGCCCAGCCCUGAGCAAACGGGACUCCGAGAAAUCUGGUUCUGAGGGACCGAGAGGAACACGUGACUGGCAUUCAAACAUGUCUCCAAUUCCUUCUGGACAAGAAAAACUUCCGCAGGCCAUGCCAGCUACGUAAACAGUGUGUGCCCCAAAUGGCCAGCCCAUGGUGCCUAGGAAUUGGAGUGUCUGAUCCUCUGAAUUACACUGUGUGACCCCAGCACCAAAGCCCCAGAAGAUUAAGAUCAGAAGAAGCUGCCAGAAGCAUUUAGUGAGAAAACCCCUCCCGAAGCCCAGGUCUCAGAACACUUUGCAGUUGACUCUUUGGACGCUUGCACCCAUGCUCCGGCAGAAGCUGGCAUGCGGCUUGUGCCCAUUCAGCGGCCUCGCCCUCCUCAGGCCCGGACUCAGCACAGCCUGAGCAGUUCAGUCGCUCCCAGCUGUGGCUCACACAGGGGCAGAGCACAGUUCGUCCUGCACAGCCUCACAGCUGCCCUGCAGGCGUGGGCCCAUCGCUUGGAUGAUGGCCUAGUGCAUGGGCAGAGCUUUGGCAUCCAGCAGGCCUGAGUCAGCGUCCUGGCCCACCAGGCACCAGCCCGGACGCUCUGGGUAUGUCUCCUGGCCCUCUUCGCUUACCACGAUGCCUGUUAACAUCUCCAGGAGCAAGGCUGGGGAAAAUGCCCACAGGAGGCACUGGCAUCCUGAGUGAGCCGGGUGUGUGGCCUCCCGUCCGGCCUUACCUGCUGAGGUGGCUGCCAAAGCCUCAGCACUACAACACCCCCGACACCACCAUGACCGGCCCCCUCUCCUCCCUCCCAUGCCCACAGUCCCUUGCACUUCUCCUGAUCUGGCAGUGACCUGCCAUGUUGUAGUUUUCUCUUCAUCUCACGCACACCAGGCACACCAGUAGUCUGUGAGCUCCUCCUCCGCUUUGACUCUCCAACUCCCAGACCAGAGCCAAGCCCAGACCUCUGCUCAGAGAUGUUUCCUGGGUGAAUGAGCAAAGGAAUCUGUGAAGGCAGAGUGGUUUGCAGUCAGGAACCCGAGAAGCGGGGGAGGGGCGUCCAGUAACAACCGCAAACAGAAUACCUACUGUGUGCCGGGUGUGAUUAGGACGUGCGUAUGAAGCUGCCAGUGCAGCCCCAGCCAUCUAAGAGCCAGGAACUGUGCUCAGCCCCAGGAGCCAGUUUCCAAGAUGCCAGCUGAGCCCUCGGCCCCAGGGGGUAGGGGCAGCUGUCUGGGCUCUACCCCCUGGCAGGCUGCCAGGGCCCACUCCCUGAGCAGCCAGCAGUCCAAACACAUGAGCAGAAGGUCACAGACCCAAUUAGCAGGGCUAGAGCCUUCUGGCCUGACCCUUCCUCUAGCCCCCCACACACAGUGGAUUCUGGGCCCUGGAGACAAAACCAAGCCUGAAGCCCGCCAUGGAGCCUGAACGUAGCCCGGAAAAACGGGACGUGCCAAGGAGACCUCAUCUCUGUCCCCAGGAUCCCCCAAGGAUCUGUAGCAACACGGCCCAUUUCUAUGUCACCACUUCUGCCUGGCAACUAGGAAGGAAGGACUUUUCCCAGGAGCUGUCACCACAGGGGGAGUUAAUUCCAGCUGGAAAACUGAGCCUUGGGGAUGCUUUAGGAACAGGGGCCUCGUCCUCAAGACAUGACUGAUUUCAGUCACCCCUGAAGGACUUUACCAUCCCACCCAAGACCUCUGCCUCUUCCAGAUGCCACAUUGCCAUUUCUCCAGUGCCUGUUUUGUGCCCACUAAUUUCACAAGUGUUGUUUUGGUUGAACUCUCUGCUCCCCCAAAAAUCUUCGUAGCCUGGUCAUUCAACCAUGAGGGAGCCACAGCUGUACCCAGUGGAAUGAUGUGCCCUCAGUCCAGGAUGUACACCCAGGGCAGCCAGGUCCCACAGCCACUGCUUUCUUCCCCACCACUGCUGCCACGGUUCCCAGAAGUCAGUCUCUAGAUCUGGGCUCUGGGAUGCAGAGGCCGUCCUCAGGAUGAGCGGCAGGGGUUCUGCACAGUGUGUCUUCCCUGCAGAGGAAAGUGCCCCUGCGGUACCUCCAGCCCCAUCUUCCCUCCACCGCAGAGCCUGAAGCCCACGUCCUGUGCUCAGGCCUAUGCCUAUGUGACUGUCCACCCAGCAGCCGUGGAAGGGCUUCUUGGGGCAUGCUGGGGCAUGGGUAUGGAUGUGUGAAAUUGGCAUUCAUGAUUUUUGAAAGCAGGAAGGAGUGAACCUACAGACUGAGAAGUAAUUAAAUAGAUGCACGAAUAGAGGCUGGAAAAGCGAAGGGCACAACCCAAGAGAGGGGGAUGGGCAGCCAGGCAUGCUUCCUGCUUGACUGCUGCCACUCCAAAGCUUUGUACCACCCCCAAACUUGCAUGUUGCCUCUCAUCCUUGCACUGGCUCCGGGGCCUCCACAGCCUGGUCCCUGCCAACCUUCAGCUUCUUCUCUGAACUCCCCACCCGACAUCAAGUUCCCUGUGCCUGCCCCUCUCAGAGAUGCCUCCAGGUCAUGCCGCCUCUCCCACACUCAGGAUUAAACCUGCA